AGUAUUUCAUUGUCAUUAAUGACCUUUGGACGUCAGAGGAGGCAUGGAAUGAAUUCAUGAGUACAUCUUUUCCAGAUGAUAGAAAUGGAAGCCGAGUUCUGAUAACUACUCGAAAUAAGAAAGUAGCUGAAUUUGCUAGCAGCUCAGACAUGUGGAUUUUCAGAACACGUAGUCUGAAUCCAGAAGAAAGCUGGAAAUUAUUAAGCAAAACUGCUACGUCUAAUGGAAAAUUAUGUAGUCCACCCCCUGAAUUUGAGAUAAUAGGGAGAUGCAUUGUUGAGAAAUGUAUGGGAAUACCACUAGUAAUUGUUUUGAUUGGUGGACUUCUGGCCACACUCAACAACUCACCAAGCCAGUGGCAGGAUAUUCUGUUCACCAUUUCAUCAUGCAAGGAUCGUUUUGAGAUACUGUUGUAUAACACAAUUGAAGUUUGCUACCAUUAUUUGCCUACUCACCUAAAAGCUUGUUUUCUUUAUUUCGGAGUUUUUCCUAAGAAUACCGAAAUUCAUGUGAAAAAGUUGAUAAAGUUAUGGGUAGCUGAAGGAUUUGUAAACCCAGAGAUGAACAAGAGUUUAGAAGAGAUAUCUAAAGAUUAUUUGUGUGAUCUUAUCAAUAGAAGGCUAGUUCAAAUUCACAAGAGGAGUUCGGAUAGAAAAAUCAAAUCAUGUAUGCUUCAUGAUAUAUUACAUAAAUUUUGCUUGAGAAAAGCAAUUGAGGAGGAGGAUAUUAUGAUGGUUAGUACAACGGAAUAUGAUAAGUUUCUUGAAGGGCGUCGUUGGGUAAGUCGUCAAUAUGGUUGUUGGUCAAUUGCUACAAGUUAUUUUACUAACUCUUCACUUAAAAUUCGUUCCCUUUUCUACUUUGAUGAUAAUUUAUAUCUUGCAAAGUGUUGGUCAUUCUCAUCUUUGAAGUUGUUAAGAGUAUUGGACUUAUCACUAAUAAAAUAUUGGCACGGCAUGCCUAGUGAGAUUGUGAAUUUGGUUCAUUUAAGAUAUUUAGCUUUAACAACUAUAGGUUAUGUUUGUAACUCUCAAUUGUUUAAGCUCCAAAGUUUGCAAACUCUCAUUCUCUCCGCGUGGACAAAAGAGUUUCAAUUGCAACUGCCAUGUGAUGUUUUGGAUUUGCCAUGGUUAAGGCAUGUGCGCUUUGACAAGGGAUCUUCAUCUUAUCUCCCAAACUUGGUUCAAGAAAACUUACAAACUCUUUCAUGGUUCAAAGUUACUGGACAGGACUCCAGAACAACCAACUUUACAAAAGUUCCAAACCUGAAGGAGUUGGGGAUCUACAUUGAAGGUGAAGUAUUGCCUAAUGCUCUUGAGAGCCUUGCUCAGUUACAUCAACUUGAGAAGUUAAAGGUUAAAAUGGGAAGGGUAGAGCGGUUUAAUCUCCCAAAUUGUUUUCCAUCAAACCUCAAGCAAUUGACCCUUAGUAACACGUAUCUUUCAUGGGAAGAUAUGGAGAUUAUUGGCAAUUUACCCAGCCUUGAUUUACUCAAAUUGAAAGAUUUUGCUUGUUGUGGCCCAGAGUGGACACCACGGGAUGGGGAGUUUCUACAACUAAAGUUCUUCCUUAUUGAGCGCUCUGAUCUCGAACAUUGGAAUGCAAAUGCAAACCAUUUCCCAGUUUUGGAGCAUCUAAUUCUAAGAUAUUGUUGGGACUUGUAAAAACUUCCAAAUGAUUUUAAGGAGGUUCAUACAUUGCGAUUAAUUGAGUUAGGCAAUUGUUGUUCUUCUCUUGUGACUUCAGCAAAGGCAAUCCAACAAGCGCAACAAGAUUUGGGAUAUGAAGGACUCGUUGUUCGUGAAGUAACUAAGAUUGAGCUGCCAACCAAUGAAAGCUC